AUGUGUGUUCUGGCGACUACAUCCCAGGAGACAGAUAUGGUCAUCUUCCGACGCACCUGGCUCCUUCGUGCUCCCAGGGGUCAGAGGAGUCGGCGGGUGCUCCUGCGGUUCCCUCCCUCUGUCCUCUACAAGAACAGCCUCCACAACAGGGAGGUGCUGGAGGUGCUGAACAUGACCCUGAGGGCGAGGAUCCAGCUCAGAGACAAGGCGAGCCAGACGAUGGAGAGCCAGACGAUGGAGAGCCAGACGAUGGAGAGCCAGACCGUGGAGAGCCAGACGAUGGAGAGCCAGACGAUGGAGAGCCAGACGAUGGAGAGCCAGACGAUGGAGAGCCAGACGAUGGAGAGCCAGACGAUGGAGAGCCAGACGAUGGAGAGCCAGACGAUGGAGAGUCAGACGAUGGAGAGCCAGACGAUGGAGAGCCAGACGAUGGAGAGCCAGACAGUGGGGAGCCAGAUGAUGGAGGUAUCCAAGCCUCUGCAGGUGACCCCUCUGUCCGAGCGUCCAACCCGGCCCCCUGCGGACUGCCCUUCCUGGCCGACGCAGAUAUUGUGGAGGAUGAACACCGGUAGAAUACAACGCUGCAGGCAGGAUGCAGCGGAGGUCACGCUGCUGGAGUUCCCGUUGGCGAGCACCGGAGAGGGCUUCGGUGUGGUACGCAGGGUCCCUCCUUCCACCGAUCCAGACCUGGAGCGAAUGAGGCGCAGAGCUGUGGCCAAACCGAGUGCGUCUCUGUCCAUGUGGAUUUACCUCCUGCAGCACUGUUCUCAGCACCGCUGCUCUGUGUUCCAUCACAUCAACACAGAGCAGCUCUACGACUCCCCUCUCAUCCAGCUCUCAGACAAAGGAGACAUCGUCCUCCAAACACAUCUGACAGAAGGAGGGGACGAGGCUUUCCGUACAAACAUUGCGCUCCCCCUGAGGACCUGGACCCGGCUGGACCUCUUCCUGGACUCUGCGGAGGUGCAGCUGGUGCUAACGUGGGACGGACGGCGCCAAGUCUCAAAGUACAAGUUUCAGAAUAACAUAUAUUUGGAUGACACUGACGGCCACUUUGUCAUCGGAGGGACUCGAUACAUCCCAGGGAUACGAGGAUAUUACGGCUCCGUGAAAUACUACAGAUUUGGCACAAAGAAGAUUGUUCAUGAACGUCCGCACAAAGCCUUGUUCAAAGACCUGAGUGACUUUCACGCUGAAUGUGAAGAGUUAAAAAUCAUCGCUGUCGAUUAUCUGCACGAAGUCAAAGUCAGUCAUGUCUCAUCAGCAACAAACCGAGGUGUCUGUGUGUCGUACUUUCAUCAGUUUGAAGAGAGAACAUGCAAACAGAGCUGGAGCUGGGAGGCGCAGGAAAAACACUCUGCAUUAUUCGGCUUUCUACAAACGAGUCACGAGCAGAUUCAGAAAGGAAAUUUGAGCAUGGAGUAUCUCAGGAGUGCCUUGUUCGACGCGGGGGCUGCAGCGAUGUUUACCAAGGACCAGGUGGAGAUUAAUAAGACGGAGAAAUCAAGGGCCCUCCUGCGCUCUGCCUCCUGCUUUAGGAACCACAAAGCGUCUCUGCUCUUGGCCUCUAUCCACCUCUCCGCUCUGGGACAGGCCCUCCAUCAGGCCAAGGGGCAUAUGUACAGUUUGAUUGGAGCUCUAGGAGAUGACCGUUUUGCCCUGAUGCAUGCUGGGUACAAGCAUUCGCAAGGAAUUGACGGAUUUCCCAAAGACAUGGAUGUGGCCUAUAGCUACUACUCCAACAUCGGAGCUCAAAGCAAUAUUGACCUGGGCAAAAUGCAUCAGAGGAAGGUGAGACAGCAGCAAUACGCCCCGGAGCCUGUGUAUCUGAGUCGGACCGAAGACCUGUCCCAGAGGACGGUGAUAGGGAGGGACCUCCUGGACUUCCUGAAGUACCAGGCUGAGAGGGGCGACGCGGAGAGCCAGAAACUCUUGGGAUCCAUGUUGUUCUGGGGACAGGGCGGCGUCUCCAAAGACCCGGAGAGUGCGGCGCAGUGGCUGGAGAAGAGCACCAUGAACCUGGACGAUCCUCAGGCCAUGUAUGACUACUCCAUACUCCUCAUCAAGGGUUACGGAGUGAAGAGAAACUACAGCAGGGCCGCAGCUCUGCUCAGGAAGGCUGCAGAGAUGGGCUCGGUCGGUGCCCUGAACGUCCUGGGCUGGUACCAUGGGGCCAUCCUGAAGGACCAUGAAGCCGCCGUCACAUACUUUGAACGAGCUGCGUCCAAUGGAAGCAAUGACGGAAUGUUUAACCUGGGAGUUUAUCACCUGAGGGGCGACCUCCCCGAGCGGCUGCCCCAGAACCAGACGGCUGCUUUCCUCCACUUCCUGAAUGCUUCUUCUCUGGGUCACGUCGCUGCUUCUAUAGAGGCCGCCCACUACCUGUCGACGGGGGAACUGCAGGGACUGUCCCAGGACUCUGAGGCAGCUGUCAGAAUGCUCAAAAAGGUGUGUGAGCAGAACGGACAUCUUGGAUUCAUGAUCAGAGAGGCGCUGCACGCCUACCUCCAGGGCUCCUGGCAGGAGGCGCUGCUCCUGUAUGUUCUGGCUGCGGAGACGGGUUUGGGUUUAGCCCAAACCAACGUGGCUCACCUCUGUGCGGAGAAGAAUUUGGGAGAAGUGUGUCAGUGGAGAUAUCACAACUAUUCUGUGUUAAAUUAUGAUCCACAUCCGUCCGCUCUCCUGCGGAUGGGGGACCACUUCUCCGAACAAGGAUCAUUUUCUGCAUCAGUGCGAGCUGUGGCAUUCUACAGCCGCGCUGCCAUCUUGGACCACCCCCAGGGAAUGUUCAACUUGUUCCUGUGGAUUCACCACGGAAACCGUCUGCCGCCCAGCGUCCACCACUUCUUCAAUGUCUCCCUCCAUGAUCCUGCAGACCUUGUUAUGGAGAAAAUCCUGUUAAGAUGUCUGAAGCACUCAGAGGAGGAGUCUAUGCCCUGUGCUCUCGCUCUGCUCUGGGUCCAGACCGAGCGAGCCGUGAGGAGCAUGAGACAGAAUGCCCCACAGUGCCUCUUGGUUCUUGCAUCCCUGGUCUCGCUGUGUGUCGUCAUGGUCACUGUUCCUUUGAUGUUGUUUCUGGAACGGAGGCUGCGAGGGCACCGCACGGUUCCGCAGAGGGCACGGACGCCUUCUUUGAACCACGGCGAGACGGGACAGCAGCAAGGCAUCAUGGGAGGAGGAGAAGCCUCUCACACACCAGCAGGGAGAGACAGGGUCAGCGCUGUGGAUGGGAGACUCUGGCUCUCCUGGUCAUGUGACUGGGCCCUCACUGUUGCAGGGUUGUGUCUCUGUGUGUUUUGCACCACACUGUUGUAUCACCUCCUCUGA